AUGAUUUCAAAACUUAUUCGUCGACCCCUCUCCACCACGGCCGUUGCUGCCAGCCGCAUCAAGGUGUCAAAGCCUGUUGUAGAAAUGGACGGUGAUGAAAUGACUAGAAUUAUCUGGGAAUGGAUCCGAGAAAGAAUGAUUCUUCCUUAUGUUGACCUCGAGCUGAAAUACUUCGAUCUGGGAAUGGAACAUCGUGACUUUACCGAUGAUCAGGUCACCAUCGAUUCCGCCUAUGCAACGCUAGAACACAACGUCGCAGUAAAAUGCGCGACGAUCACUCCCGACGAGCAGCGAGUCGAAGAAUUCGGCUUGAAGCAAAUGUGGCGUUCUCCAAAUGGAACAAUCAGAAACAUCCUCAACGGCGUUGUCUUCCGAGAGCCCAUUCUUUGCAAAAACAUUCCUCUCCUCGUUCCUGGGUGGAAGAAGCCCAUUUGCAUCGGAAGACACGCUUUUGGUGAUCAAUACAAAGCUACGGAUUAUGUCACGCCAAGUGGUGGAAAGUUUGAGAUUGUUUUCACGCCAAACGAUGGCGGAAAGAAGGAAGUUAUGGAGGUCUUUGACUUUGGAGAGGAGACUGGCGUUCUUAUGGGAAUGUACAACACUGAUGCUUCCAUCAAAGCUUUCGCUCAUUCUUCUUUCCAAAUGGCUCUUGAAAAAGAAUGGCCCCUCUACUUGUCGACCAAAAACACGAUUUUGAAGAAAUAUGACGGCCGAUUCAAAGAUAUUUUCGAAGAAAUCUAUCAAUCGGACUACAGAAAAGACUUUGAAGCAAAGAAAAUCUGGUAUGAGCACCGACUUAUUGAUGAUAUGGUCGCACAGUGCAUGAAAUCAGAAGGUGGAUUUGUUUGGGCUUGCAAAAACUACGAUGGAGACGUUCAAUCUGAUACUCUCGCACAAGGAUUCGGUUCUCUUGGAUUGAUGACAUCGGUCCUCAGAGCUCCAGACGGCAAAACUAUCGAGUCCGAAGCAGCCCACGGCACAGUAACCCGUCACUACAGAGAGCACCAAAAGGGCAACCCCACUUCUACCAACCCAAUUGCCUCAAUUUUCGCCUGGACCCGCGGCUUGGCUCACCGAGGUCGACUGGACAACAACCAGGACUUGAUUAAAUUCGCCCAAACUGUCGAGAGAGUUUGUGUUGAAGUUGUGGAGAACGGAGUUAUGACGAAGGAUUUGGCGGGCUGUGUACAUGGCGGUUUUAGCGGACUCCAGCUUGGAAAAGACUAUGUUGUUACAGCUGAUUUCAUGCAAGCAAUCGAUGAUGGUAUCAAGAAAGCAAUGAAAGCUUAA